CAAAUAACCAAUCGUUUUCACAGUCCGAUUCCCUUGGGAGAUUAUUUUAGGGAGUUAUAUGAAGUAGUUCCCCUCAAGCUAUUGAACAUAAACAUACUCACAUGCACACACACUCUUGCAGAGCUCAGGAUCUAGUGGCCGAGGAGUCAACACUGUGUUCUUUCAGAAGUGUCCUGACCAGAGUGUGAGCUGUUCCUGGACCAUCCUUCUCCAUGGACCGUACCAACAGUCUCCUGGUACUGCUGCAUGUCCUGGGUUCAGUUACGGUCAGCCUGGGCUGCUUCUGUGACCACUACGCCUGGAGCUCAUGGUCCAUCUGCACCAGAACCUGCAACUACGGGACCCAGGAGCGCCGCAGGAGUAUCCGAUAUGAUGACUAUUACCGGAAGAAUAGCUGUGAGCAGCUGUGUCAAAAGCAUGAGAGUCGGGCAUGUAACGUUCAGGCCUGCUUCAUCCACUGUCAACUCACUGAUUGGUCCAACUGGUCCGGGUGCUCCCCGUGUGCCAAAAAACAGUUAAGGACUCGAUCACUGCUAAGGCCUUCCCAGUUUGGAGGCGUGGAGUGCGAUGCUGUUCUGACAGAAGACAGAGCGUGUUACCCAUCAACAGAGUGCAAGAUGGAAACACUCAACUGCAAAGAGUUUCAGUGUGGCAAUGGUCGCUGUAUCAGCUCCAAACUAACAUGCAAUAAACAGAACGACUGUGGGGACAACUCGGAUGAGAAGAACUGUGAUGAAUUCAAAAUAGUGUGUCCUGUUGAGAAGAGAGUGGUCCCUGGAGCUGACCUCAUAGGAAACGGGUUUGAUGCCAUGGCAGAGACUAAGAGGGGGGCGGUACUGGAUAACAUGUUCAUGGGGGACACCUGCAACCUUAACAAGAGCAGAGGCAGCAGCUACAGGCUGUACUACCGCGUCCCAGCCAAUGUAGAAAGCUUUGAGAUCAAGGUCGAGAUCCCAGAUGACUUUAAACAGGAACCCCAGCCAGUCUACAGUGAGACCGUCAACCUGGCCUCCCCACCAGUCUCUACCAGAAGUGAUUCCUCCAGUGGUGACUCUCGUCUCAUCUGGGUCCCGAUCUUCUUCUUUGGUUCCAGACGCCACCACCAAUCCAACACAGGCACAUUCAAGCAGGCUAUUUCAGCUUCAAAGAAGACGGACUCCCAGUUCUUCCGAGUGCACCAGGUGUUACCUGUAUCCAGAUUCAGGGUGAAGGAUUCAGACCUGUACCUGACAGAGCCCUUCUUACAGUUUCUGACCAGCCUGCCCCUGGAGUACAACUACGCCCUCUACAGGGAGAUCUUCAAGCACUUUGGGACCCACUACUUCGCCUCCGGAACCUUAGGGGGACACUAUGAUCUGCUUUACCAAUACAGCAGACUGGAGCUUAAGAACAGUGGUUUAACAGAAGAGCAUACCAAAGGAUGCCUAAAGUCUGAGUCGAGCAUGUCUAUAAUAAUAUACUCGCAAAGUUCAAAUGUUGUAAGAUGCUCCGACAAUACAAUGACUCAAAAACAUGAAGGCUCUUUCGUGCAGUCGUCAGAGAAGUCUUUCUCCAUGGUGCGUGGAGGCAGGGACGGGGAGGCUGCAGCCCUGGCCUGGGAGCAGAAAGGGGCUGCCCCUGACAGCACCACUUAUAAGAACUGGGCCAAAUCACUCAUAGACAACCCUGCUGUCGUGGAAUAUGAGCUGUUGCCCAUCAUCAAUCUGGUCAAGGGGAUCCCAUGUGCUGCCACCAAAAGAAGGCACCUGACCAGAGCUCUGGUGGAGUACCUGGAGGACUUUGACUCCUGCAAGUGUGCCCCCUGCCCUAACAAUGCCCGUGCCGUCCUUUCUGGCACAGACUGUCAGUGCAUCUGCCAGACGGGCACCUAUGGGCCCAACUGUGAGCAACGGGCACAAGACUACACCUCAGAGGCAGUAGAUGGUUACUGGAGCUGCUGGGGGACAUGGAGUGCCUGUGAUGCAUCCAUGAAGAGACAUCGUACCAGAGAGUGCAACAACCCCGCUCCCCUGAGGGGGGGGAAACUCUGCCAGGGACCGGCCAGACAGGAGGAGGGAUGCUUCAUCUCCAUUUUCCAAGAGCAAAAUGUAUGUGUUAAUGAUGAGGACUUUGCCACAGAGGGGCGGGCGGAGGGCUUGCCUCCCGGCGUGGAGGGCUGUCCAAGACCCAAGCGUCCUGCCAACAGUCACCUCAGGAAAGAUAAGCGUUACUAUGAGUUUGGCGACAUGGAGGAGUUCCUGUGCUUCACAGGGUUUGAAAUGGAAGGUUACCAGUUCAUCAACUGUCGCCCUGAUGGGACCUGGACCCCUCCCACAGGGAUGUGCAUCAGGAAGGUGUGCUCCCCGCCUGCCGUGCCUGAGGGUAUGACUCUGUACCCCUCCAAGAAGGAGUACAAGGUGGACCACUCCGUGGGACUUGAAUGCACGGAGAGAGGCAUGGUUCCGUCAGAACAGGGCUUCUACACCUGUGCCAAGAGUCUAACCUGGGAGCCUCCACUUCCUAAAGACCUGCACUGCAAAAUAGAUAAGCCAUUUGUUCCUGACAAUCAAUGUGGGAGAGGAGAGAGGCACGUUGGUUCCAAAUGUAUCUGCGUGGCACGUGAGACAUGCCUCUCAUACAAAACUGAGUUCUGCAUCUUCAAUGCUGAAGUUGGCAGUGGUGUGAUGAUGUCUUACUGUGGUUUCCACUCGGGCCGUUGCCAUGGUGACCAGCUCUUCUUCAUGAAUGUGGGCCCGUGUGACGAGGAUGUGGUCAGCCUGGACUGGGCCAAGUUCAGGGUCAGCAUGGCUGCCAAGAGCUCAGUCCAGGAGCCCUGCGACUCUGACACCUGUUAUGAGUGGGAGAGCUGCACUGAGUCCAAACAGUGUCUGUGUAAAGUUCCCCGGGACUGUCCAAAGGAGGGAGAACACAUGUUCUGUGUGAAGCUGCUGAAGACCCAGAGCAAGAGGAGUGUGAAUCUGUGUUUCAUGGCUGCCAUCAAGUGUAGAAAGAUGGAGUUUGAGAUUCUCAACGAAGGCCUGUGUGAAGAGUCCACAUAACCAGGUCCUAGUGUAGCUUUCCUCUUCUUGUAUUCUACCACUCUCUCCCUCUGCAUUAUAUCAUACAGCACAACUGUAAAGAUGGAUGUUCUGAAGGAGCUGAUUUUUGUCCCGUUUGAAUUGCAGCUUUGUUCAACUUAAUUUGUUUUACAAUCUAGCUUGAAGUUCAUUUCUUUGCAUGUUAUUUUGUACUGGUAUGUCUUUUUUAUAGCAUUUUAUGACUAUUUGCUUGUGUUGUUAUGAUAUCAAAUAUAUUUUGGCAAAAUGUGGUGUUUAAAUUAAAUUAACAAAAACAAAUAUGUUUGUAUCCAAUAUUUUAUUUACAACAACUUGCAACUACAUGUAACUGCCAAAAAUAAAGGAAACACCAACAUAGUG